AAAGAGUGAAGGCUGUUCUUGGAGCAAAGGGGGGACCAACUCCAUAUUCAUGCCCGUGAUUUUGGAAUGAGAUGUUCUAUGAGCCGGAGUCCACAUACUUUUGACCGUGUAGUGCAUUAAAUAAUAUCUGGAACAGUAAUUAGGGGUGUAUUCAUCACGCUAAUUCUGUAGCACAACGUUUGCUAUAGAAACGGUUUACUCCAAACCGAUAACGUGUUUGCAACGAAGACGACAGUUUCUAUUGGACAAAUGUAGGUAAGUCCCUCCGUUUCGUCCCGUUUGCUCACAUUUGGUUCUUAAACUGUAAACGAUUUCCUUUGCAAGACGUAAUGAAUACACCCUUGUGCUUUGGUUUCUUGACAGAAGGUGGAGCUCAAAGUUGACGUAAACACAACGCUAGUUAGUCAAUGUAAAUCCAUAUCUGAAAGAAUGUUACGGUAGUACGGUUAAGUGCAUUUUUUUUUAUUCACAAAAUGCGAUGUUAUCUUCAUGCACUUCUACUGUGCAUGGUCUUUGCUGUCUUUUCGGUGCUGUAUGUUUUUAAUCAACUACCGGUAGCCUCGUCUUUUGAGUCGCAAUACGAAGACGGAUGGACCGACAGAAGAACAAAACAAUCCAGUGGCAGGCAACCCCGAUUUGGGGCCCAAGACACUGGGCACGUAGUCAGGAAAGGUGGAGUGGCGAGCCUUUUCGACCAUCAAGAAGAUGACAGGACCAGAACUACAAAUGCCUGUCUCAAGCUUCACAUCACUCACCAGGGCUAUGAUGAUCUGGAAGAGACUGCCAAAUCGAGGCAAAGGGAGAAGCCAGCCUCCGGCAGCGUCCAGGAGGCCACUAGAGAUGAGCGGAUCCAUCUGGCUGUGGUGGCCUGUGGUCCCAGACUCGAGGAGACUCUCACCAUGUUAAAGUCUGCUCUCCUCUUCGGCGCCAAACCGCUACACUUUCACAUUUUCGCAGAGGACCAUCUGCAUGGCAGCUUUGGACAGUCUCUGGACUUGUGGCCUAGUGUCUUCCAGACCAGGUUUAACUACACCACGUACCCCAUCACCUUCCCCAGUGAGAACGCCAAGGAGUGGAAGAAACUCUUCAAACCCUGUGCUUCUCAAAGGCUCUUCCUACCGUUGAUCCUAAAAGACGUAGACUCUCUGCUGUACGUGGACACCGAUAUCUUGUUCCUUCAGCCUGUAGAGGAGAUCUGGUCCCUGCUCUCCCUCUUCAACUCCACUCAUCUGGCAGCCAUGGCCCCUGAGCACGAGGAGCCGCGCAUCGCCUGGUACAACCGCUUCGCACGGCACCCUUACUAUGGAAAGACCGGGGUCAACUCUGGGGUCAUGCUCAUGAACAUGACCCGGAUAAGAGAGAAAUACUUCAAGAAUGACAUGACGUCAGUCCCCCUCAAAUGGGUGGAGCUGCUGAUGCCACUUCUCCAGAAAUAUAAACUCAACAUCACCUGGGGAGACCAGGACCUGCUCAACAUCAUAUUCCAUCAUAACCCAGAGAGCCUGUAUGUGUUCCCGUGCCAAUGGAACUACCGUCCAGACCACUGUAUCUACGGCAGCAACUGUCUCGAGGCCGAACAGGAGGGCGUCUUCAUUCUCCACGGAAACCGAGGCGUUUACCAUGACGACAAGCAGCCAGCGUUCCGGGCCGUCUAUGAAGCCAUCCAGAAGUACACAUUUGGGGACAACCUAGUCCAGUUCCUACUCCUCCCCCUGGAGGCAAGUCUUCAGGAGACCAAACACACCUACUGUGGAAGAGCCAGCCACAUGUUUACUAAGAGGUUAAAACAGAGCAUCGGUGUACUUCAACAGGAAACCAUAGAGGGAAGGUGAUGUAUACCACUAGACUACCACUCUCCUCUACCAUCAAUGGCUGACUGACACUCUGUGGCACACCUCUAAACGAUGUCCCCAGGUGUACAGGGAGGGCAUACAUUACUGGCAUGUGUAUAUGAUCCCGGGCGGGAUUUAGCCCACACUCUUUCCUCAACCGACCAUGCCCAAGUGAGAUGAAUCCGUCAUCUGUUUACAAAUGGGCAACAGCUACCGGUGCGUCAACACUCCUCCAAAGACAAUUUCGAGGGUGAAGAUGAUCAGUGUAAUACAUUGUCUGUUUUCCUAUGGAACCGUUGUUCCUCAUAAAGUCGUCCUGUUAACGUGAUCAUCAUCAGGUUAGAUAACUGCAGUCAAAAUGUGUGGGAAAGCACUGAAAUUAAAUCUCUUUGCCCUCGACAGAAUUGGACAUUUCUAUCAUCUGACUGCUAAAAAUGGUACACUUCACAGUCGGCGUUGCUGUGUGAUUUUCACCGGUGAUGAGAAUGUCACGUCUGACAAUCGCAUUGUAAUCCUCAGAAGUAUUCAAGGAAGAGAACCCAUCACGGUUCUUUGUGUGCUCCGCAUGAUCAAAAAGUAUAUAUUUUAUUUAAAGUAUAUGUUAAUAUCAUAUCAAUUAGAUUUAAAUGUUAGAAUUGGAUUUAAAUAUACGUCUGCAGUGUCAUGAAGAAUGACAACACAUUGGUUAAAGCUUGUCAUAACUAUUCCAUGAAUGCAGUUUCAUUUGUACAAAACUUGAUUGUAAACAAAUGCUAAAGGGAAGGGUUUUGAGGUUAGAAUCUGAGGAUAUCAAUAUUGGUGUUAUUGAUAUUGAAUGUUUUUUUGUUUUUUUUUCACAUUUUGUUACGUUACAGCCUUAUUCUAAAGUGGAUUAAUUUGUUUUUUCCCCCUCAUCAAUCUACACACAAUACCCCAUAAUGAGAGAGCAGGUUUUUAGAUUUUUUUGGCAAAUUUAUAAAAAAUCAAAAACUGAAAUAUCACAUUUACAUAAGUAUUCAAACCCUUUAUUCAGUACUUUCUUGAAGCACCUUUGGCAGCGAUUACAGCCUUGACUUCUUGGGUAUGACACUAAAAGCUUGGCACACCUGUUUUUGGAGAGUUUCUCCCAUUCUUCUCUGUAGAUCCUCUCAAGCUCUGUCAGGUUGGAAGGGAGAGCAUCACUGCACAGAUAUUUUCAGGUCUCUCCAGAGAUGUUAGAUUGGAUUGAAGUCCGGACUCUGGCUGGGCCACUCAAGAACAUUCAGAAACUUGUCGCAAAAACACACCUACGUUGUCUUGGCUGUGUGCUUAGGGUCGUUGUCCUGUUGGAAGGUGAAUCCUUGCCCCAGUCUGAGGACCUGAGCGCUCUGGAGCAGGUUUUCAUCAGUGAUCUCUCUGUACUUUUCUCUGCUCAUCUUUCCUUUGAUCCUGACCAGUCUCCCAGUCCCUUCCGCUGAAAAACAUCCCCACAGUAUAAUGCUGCCACCACCAUGCUUCACCGUAGGGAUGGUGCCAGGUUUCCUCCAGAUGUGAUGCUUGGGAGUCAGGCUGAAGAGUUUAAUCUUGGUUUCAUCAGACCAGAGAAUCUUGUUUCUCAUGCUCAGAGUCCUUUAGGUGCCUUUUGGCUAACUCCAAGUGGGCUGUCGUGCUUUUUACUGAGGAGUGGCUUCCGUCUGGCCACUCUGGCCUGAUUGGUGGAGUCCUGCAGAGAUGAUUAUCCUUCUGGAAGUUUCUACCAUCUACCAUUGACAGAGCUCCAGAGUUCCUCUUCGGAGUGACCAUCGGGUUCUUGGUCACCUCCCUGACCAAGGCCUUUCUCCCCCGAUUGCUCAGUUUGGCCGGAAGAGUCUCGGUGGUUCCAAACUUCUUCCAUUUAAGAAUGUGUGAGGCCGUUGUAUACUUGGGAACCUUCAAUGCUGCAGACAUUUUUUGGUACCCUUCCCCAGAUGUUUCUCGACACACUCCUGUCUCAGAGCUCUACGGAUAAUUCCUUCAACCUCAUGGCUUGGUUUUUGCUCUGACAUGCACUGUCAACUGUGGGACCUUUUUAUAGACUGGUGUGUGCCUUUCCAAAUCUUGUCCAAUCAAUUGAAUUUAUCACAGGUGGACUCCAAUCAAGUUGUAGAAACAUCAGAGAGGAUGAUCAACGGAAACACGGUGCACAUUUCUAAAAACCUGUUUUUGCUUCGUCAUUAUGGGGUAUUGUUUGUAGAUUAAAGAUUUUUUUUUUUAUUAAUUAAAUUUUAGAAUAAGGCUGUAAUGUAACAAAAUGAGGAAAAGGGGAAGGGUCUGAAAUACUUUACGAAUGCACUGUAAAUGAGAUUACACCUAUCAACAGAAUGCACUUUUAAUGUCUGCCAUAUUAUAACUCAAUAAUGAUUAUAACUACUGAGUAAAUGAUCCGAGAAUACGUCCAUAGUCUCCAUGUAAACAUAGAUAGAAUUCUAUAAUAACCGUUAAUCAAUAUUUGUGUGGAAUUAGGAAUGAAGGUUUACUAAAGAGAUUUAAUCAUGACAUGUUUGGUUUUAGCUCAAGUUUACAUGCGAUAGGUUGUUGUGCUCUGUGCAUUGAACUUAUCCUCCAGGUUUAUGCUGUAUCUGUAAAGUACGUACUGUACUUCAAUAUAACUUCAUUCAUAUUUUUGGAUUCACAUGUGAAUUUUAUAGAUCGUAUAGGUACUUAAUAGGUACUAAACAAGCAAACAUACAAUCAACUGAAAAUACCUUUUUAAUAUGUAUUGAAUACAUUUUAAAUAACAUACAUUUUCUCCAAUUGUACAUUGACUUAACACAACCAAACUGUAUUAAGGGAUUUUUGUCACUCUUUCCCUCCAUUUCUAACUAAUGCUAAAAACAGAUUUUGCACUAUUGAUUGUACAAAUCAUAGAUUAUGUCUUAAAAUGUCAAUGUUAAAAUCUGCCAGUGUAUGAAAUGUUUUAUUGAGUAUAUCAAAUCUAUGGUGAAACAAGUUUGUUCGUUGUGAUGUUAUAGCCAUAUAUUGUUUAUAAUAAAUAUUACACUUAAAUAGUA